UUCCGCGAGAACGCUCUGAACAACGUUAACGAUGAGCGGAGUCACCAGCAGCAGCAGUGAAGUCCUCCUCAUCACUUCGGCUAUAUAAGAAAUUAAGAACACUCAAACUUCUACAGUCAACUUCGCUCCCUUCAAUUGCUUUGGCCUUUCUGAUUCAGAUCCCUCACAAUCGUUCCCAUCUCUUCCUCUUCUUCUUCUUCCUCCUCCCCCUCCUUUUCUGCCGUUUUCUCAGCCAUUUCAUAUUCCCGGCAAAAACACACCGAUUCCUCCCAUCUGGAUUUUUCAUUUUAAAGCUACAGUGCGUAUCUAUAUCUGUAUCGCUUGAAUUUUACUGGAUUUUUCUUGGAGAUGGGAAUGGCGGGCGAGUCGCAGAAUUGGGUGCUAAUGGUCACUGCCCAGACUCCAACCAACAUUGCUGUCAUCAAGUAUUGGGGAAAGAGAGAUGAAACCCUAAUCUUGCCUGUCAAUGACAGUAUCAGUGUUACACUUGACCCCAAUCAUCUCUGCACUACUACUACUGUUGCUGUCAGUCCCAGCUUCCUGCAAGAUCGUAUGUGGCUCAAUGGCAAGGAGAUUUCUCUUUCUGGAGGCAGGUACCAGAACUGUUUAAGGGAGAUCCGCAGUCGUGCUUGUGAUGUUGAGGAUAAGAAAAAGGGUGUUAAGAUCCUGAAAGAGGACUGGGGCAAAUUGCAUUUACACAUUGCUUCAUACAACAACUUCCCUACUGCAGCUGGACUGGCCUCUUCUGCUGCUGGCUUUGCCUGUCUUGUUUUUGCACUUGCAAAGCUUAUGAAUCUCAAAGAAGAUCAAAGCCAGCUAUCUGCUAUUGCAAGGCAAGGCUCAGGUAGUGCAUGCCGCAGCUUAUAUGGUGGAUUUGUCAAGUGGAUAAUGGGAAAAGAGGAGAAUGGAAGUGAUAGUCUUGCAGUUCAACUUACUGAUGAAAAGCACUGGGAUGAUAUUAUUAUCGUUAUUGCUGUGGUUAGUUCGCGGCAGAAGGAAACUAGUAGCACCUCAGGAAUGCGUGAGAGUGUCCAAACUAGUCUGCUUUUACAACAUAGAGCAAAAGAAAUAGUGCCAAAGCGCAUACUGCAAAUGGAAGAAGCCAUUAGAAAUCGUGAUUUUGCAUCUUUUGCCCAAUUGACCUGUGCCGAUAGUAACCAGUUUCAUGCAGUCUGCCUGGAUACAUGUCCACCAAUAUUUUACAUGAAUGAUACAUCACACAGGAUUAUUAGCAUUGUUGAAAAGUGGAACCGUUCAGAGGAAAUGCCCCAGGUAGCUUAUACAUUUGAUGCGGGGCCAAAUGCAGUCCUAAUUGCACGAAAUAGGCAAGCUGCUGCCCUUUUAAUUCAGAGGCUGCUCUACUACUUUCCCCCAAAUUCAGAUGACCUUAACAGUUACGUCAUUGGUGAUAAGUCAAUUUUACAAGAUGCUGGGCUAAAAGGGACAAAGGACGUAGGAGAUUUGGCGCCGCCUCCUGAAAUUAAGGAUGAUAUUCCAUGUCAAAAAUACAAGGGAGAUGUCAGUUACUUCAUCUGUACAAGACCAGGAAGAGGACCUAUUUUGCUUUCUGAUGAAAGUCAGGCUCUUCUCGACAGUGAAAAUGGCCUUCCCAAGUGAUUUUGUCGGUAGUAUUCCCAUGGUUGGCCACUUCCUGAUCACAUUUCGUUUACAGACUCUAUUACUUGAAACAUGUUCACUAGGUUGCCCAUUCUCGGGUGCCCACCGCCCCAUGGCAUCAUUAUUUGUUCUUUCCAAAUUUUCAGUUUGUGUUGUUUUAUCUAUGUUUCUGUAGUCAUCAAGCAGGGUAAGGCCGUUUUCUUGGAGAUAAAUAAGCUUGUCAUUUUUACCAUUUCAGCUUGCAGGCAAAAUUGCCAGCUUCCUGUGUGAAA